UUUAAGAGAUUCCAAUGACUAGAAUCUCUAUAUAUUCAACACGAAUGGUAGAAAUCACUUGUUCUAUUAAUAACCUCAAAAUCACCUUUUAUAUUAUUUAUAGACCAAUACAUUGAUAUUCGAAACUCUAUGGUUUGGAAAUUAGUCAAAUAUGUUAACAAAGUUCAAGGGCAUUUUAAUUGGCCAUUUUUCAGGUAUUGACAACACAGAUAUGUUCUGUGUUAGAUUGACUGAUUCUUUGACCUUGAAACUGACAACACAAAGUCUAACUAAUCUUUGACAAUUGACACAGAAGUGAUAACACUAGCGAGAACGCGACUUACAAUCUGGUAAUGAAGGCAGAAGAGGUGAAUUUGUAAACAAAUGAUAAUUUUUCAAUUCAUAGAAAUGAUUGAGUAAAUCUUUUUCGAUGCAUUGAAUAAUGAACAGUUUGAAAAGUGUGUCUGUACGAGUCAUUAACAGCGACAUUGCAGUGCUGUUACCGAACCGUGUUUAUGAAAUUAAACAAAUGGAAACUAAAUCUUCCAGAUUGAGACAAAUAUGCCUCCUUUGCUUGGCCCUUUGUGUUUUUGGAAUCCUUGGGUUUGGCUAUUUUUGUCCUGAUAAAGUCUGUGCAUUGAGUUCUAAGAGCACUAUUUUCAUAGACGAUAAUUUAGGGAAACCCCAUAUGAAUAGCAAAGUAGGUCUGAGUUAUGAUGAUAUGUUGAAUGAUGAUUUCAACUUUGAUAUGGACUCGCAUGAUGUUAUGGUGUUUUUACAUAUGCAAAAAACAGGCGGUACUUCAUUUGGCAAGCAUCUGGUACAUGAUCUGGACCUGAAGAGACCUUGUACGUGCCCACUUAGCAGAAAGAGGUGUUACUGUUUUCGACCGCAUUCAAACCAAAGUUGGUUGUUUAGUAGGUAUACAACAGGCUGGAAAUGCGGCUUACAUGCUGAUUGGACGGAAUUGACGAACUGCGUGGAUGAAAAAUUGGACGAGUUGGAAGAUGUCAUGAAAAGACGAUAUUUUUAUAUUACCUUACUGAGGGAACCAGUUGCAAGGUACCUGUCAGAGUUUCGUCACGUUCAGAGAGGUGCCACUUGGAAAGGCUCUAGGCAUUUUUGUAAUGGGAGAGCAGCUACAGAGAAAGAAUUGCCACCUUGUUAUGAAGGGGAAAAUUGGGAAGGUGUUGAAAUAGAUGACUUCAUAGAUUGCGAAAGUAAUUUGGCUAAUAAUAGACAAACUAGAAUGUUAGCAGAUCUUGAACUUAUUGGUUGCUACAAUGAAUCGUACAUGCCCAAAGAAGACCGUGACAGGAUAAUGCUGGCCAGUGCCAAGAAAAAUCUCCAAUCAAUGUCAUUCUUUGGUCUAACGGAGUAUCAGAGGAUAUCUCAAUACAUUUUCGAGGAAACUUUCAACCUUCGAUUUGCGAUUCCCUUCGAACAGAAUAACGCAACGGUUUCCAGUUCAACAAUAACGAUGUUGACUCCUCUACAAUCCGCAAAGAUUUCGGCGCUCAAUAAUCUAGAUAUAGAAUUAUACAACUUCUCAAAGAAGAUCUUGUUAGAUAGGUUCGAAAGGCUGAAAGCCAGAGAUACAGAUUUCGAGGUUAGGUUCAAGCAUCUUGGCGAAUUAGGUAAUAGACAUGGACCAACUGAAUUCGACUGGGAUAAAUUGGAAGAUCCCACCAAUUCAGCGGAUUGAGUGAUAGUUUCUCAAAUCAUGGCCUACUGUGAUAAAAAAAGAAACUUGCUAUGAGAGAGGUUAAUAACUCUCUGUUCAGUGAUUUUUUAGUUUUGCUUUGAAAGAUUUCUAAACAUUGUUCUCUAUGAAGAAUUUUAUAUUUUGAAUCGGUUGACAAUUGAUUUCAUUUGCAACUUAGACUUAUUUUAAUUUCUGUGAUGAAGGGUGCUCUAUUGAAGCAUCAGACUAGGAUAUAUUUGCUAGUGGACAAAUCAUUUUUUGACUUCCUAAGAAACCCACAACUAGUAUAUACAAAAUCGUAAAAAUUUGCAUAUUGAUCCCUUUUGUUUUUAUAACGAAUAUCCUAAGAUAUAGAUUGCCGUGAAUGAUCAUGUUCUUAAAUUAUAUUUUUUAUUUUAUGAAAUUUCUACAUCUCCUUAAGACGCCAACUUGAAUGGUGAAACGCGCGUCGAGAAGAGUAUUGCAUUUCUGUUGAUUGGGAAAAGUGUUCGUAGUAGUUGAUUUAAGCCGAUUUCGGAACCUUCUCCCACCACUUUUAACUUCGAAACGACCUUCACCUUGAAUGACCUUCAUUGAUUCACGCUCCAUAUUUUCGACAAGAUGAAUUUGAUCUCGAAUAAACCCGAGCCAGUCACAUGGCUAUUUUGAAAUUUUAAGGAUUCGACUUUGAACGACCUUCAACUGCGUGGACGAGGCGACUUUGACUUCGAACGAACUUCAGCCAUGUCACGUGGCUAUAUUGAACAUUUAAGGAUUCGGCUACAUAGACGCAGACGCUUUUGAAGUGCGUUUUUAGUUUGACUUUGAGCGACAUUCUGUAAUAGCACAUACCUUUGCUGGAUGAGUUUGAGGGCGCAUAUGCAAUCUCCUUCCCUCGCCUACCCUUUAAAUGAUGGUAUAAAAGAGGAGCCACUCACUCGCAGAGUCAGUUUGGUAUCGCGUGUACUGAAUAUCUCUACAAAUAUGUUUCACUCUCAUUGGUGCGGUAAAAGACAAUAUGCGUAGUCAUCAAAUGCAGUCCUGUAGGCUGAGUGAUGAUGCAGGUCCCCCAGCAAAACGAUCCAGAGCGGAUUUUGCAGUUUUGGAAAUUUGCAACUAUUGUAGUAGAAUGGUGGCUGCGAAUAAGAUGAAUUCACACCUCAAAACAUGCGGGCGCAGAACAAAUUCCUGCACAGAAUUUAAAGGUGGUGUGAAAAUCAUCAUUAGCGCAUUUGAAUAUAGGAUCGUUAGCUACAGAAUAGAAAGUAAGAAUCCGCAUUCAGAUAAUCAUUUGUCAAUGAAGUGAGGCAAAAAGUUUUAACUUUGAUUGAUUGAAUGAUGCAAAUUAUAACGCCUUGAAAGUGAGUUGUUUUGGAGGUACAUACUUCAAACGCAGGAAAUUUAGAGGAAACGUUAUUUUAAGAAAGAGGUUAGUUUUACCUUUUAUUUCACACUAAUGUUGAAGCUUUACAUUGAGCAUUAUUAUCUUUGUUUAUGUUUAUCAAAUUUGAAAGACUGAAUGAAGAGUUUUCGUUUUUUGGUGUACCCUGUCUCAAAUUAACAUUUUUUAUUACUUUUUUUUUGAAAGAGUGUGGGAACUUGAUCAAAAUUUAAUUUGCACCUAGUGAACAUUGCAGGUUGUUUUGUUUUUUGCCACAGAAUGCCAUGACUUGAACUAAGUCUGAUGCGAAAGUGCCAUGUUUUUUGUUUACAAAAUAAAUGUAGAAUGUUUGCUUUAUAUUGAUGAACAGAAACAAAGGUUUGAUCUCUAAUGCAUUUUUAGGAUACUUUUCUGGAUUCAAUAACUCCCCAACACUUUUUGCAUUUUUUGUACAUUUUUACCAAAUCUCCAUAGUGAUGGACUAGGGAUUUUACGAAGGUGGGUUUACCGAAACUGGAGCCGAAGAUUUAAAUUCAAUUCGUCACAGCCGGAGUUGAAAGGAAGUCAGAGUCGACGCUGUGCGAGUAAAGGAAUAACGAGGUCGUACCUUUUAACGUGUGAUUCCUAGCACGGGUCGGACGAUAGGAAGUGAAAAUCGAUCUUUUGGUCAUGCUGUUUGAACCACUGGUUCACACAGCGGUCAAUUAAGUGAGUGGAGCAAACCACCCACGCCAACCGAACCGGUUACCGCGAUAAUAAUUACACAACUCAGUAAUUAGUCUCUUCAAUAACUCAAAUAUAAAUACAGCAGCAUUAACGGUAUCUUUGUUAUAAAUUCAAAUAAAAUCAAGUAAGCUGUAUUGGUUGACAGAUUUGCAUGAAAAUUGAACAUGUAUGAAUUGCCACAUCAUUGUACAGUAGAGUGGUAGCCGAAGCUUCGCAACAUCCUUACUAUUGACCAAUAAUAUUUCAUUUAUUUCAGUGAUGAAGGACAUCUCCAUAUAUCUUAUUUACUAAGUUUUAUGCACCCAGACACUGUUCUUCAAAUAUAAGAUUCCUUGCGUAUGCGGAUUGAAAUGAAAAGUUGAGUUUACAUUUCUUCUAUAUUAAAAAAAAAUGUACUGAGGAAAAUAUUUCAUGUUUCAUUGCCUUAAUUUUAUAGUACAAAUAAUACAUCACUUUUCCUUUUCACUGCUUCAAGUGAGGCAGUGAAAAAUAUUUUUUUUAUAAAUUAUGUUUGAUGAGAGAAAUAUCUGAAUCCAGAAAACCAGUUUUGUGUUUGGGUAAACACAAUUUUUAUAAUUGAGUACUAUGUAUUUCUUAUAAGUUCUGACAGUAUGUCUCGUUUUAAUAUGAAAGGGGUAUAUUUUAUAAUUGUUAAUUUAGUAAUUAUUUAGUGUGUUUUGUUUUGAAUGGUUUAGGAUGUGUAUAAUAUUGAAUUCAAAGAGAUUUCUGUAAAUAAAAAAUAACACAACGAAAUAUAUCGGAAGUCAUAGCGAGAAUAAUUUUUAAUCUUAUUUUUAUAUGCAUUAUGAUUGUAGGGAAGCUUAGAAAGGUCUCGUAUUUCUUUAAUCGUUUCGUGGAAACUCGAAAUCACGACUUUAGUCUCGAAAUUGCGACUUUAAUUUCGAAAUUAUGACUUUAAUUUCGAAAUCAUGACUUUAAUCUCGAAAUAACGACUUUAAUAUCAAAAUUAGGACUUUAUUCUCAAAAUUUCGAAUUCAAUCUCGAUUUAGAAAGUCGUAAUUUCGAAUUAAAAAGAUGUAAUUUUUAGUUUAAAGUCAAGAUUUCAAAAUUAAUUUCGAGAUUAAAGUCGUUAUUACAAGAUUGAAGUCAAACUUUCGAAUUUAAAGUCGAAAUUGAAUUUUGAGACUGCUCUCAGGUCUUUAUAUUGUCCAGUGUCAUAGUCAGUAUCUACUCUCUGGAGAGUAGUUAGAGACUGCAAUCUAUUCAUAUUUCUUGCUUCAUAUAUUUGAUUGUUGGUUAUUACACUAAUUAUACACAACACACCAUAUCUAGAACAUUUCUUAUUAUUAUGAACUUAGAAAUAAGAUAUCGUAUCGCUUUCAAGAGAAUAUAUUAUUACUUGUUCAUGAAAUUUGUACCAAAGAUUCACAUAGAUUAGGUUAUAAUUUUUUAUACAUUUGUGCAAUUUGAUACUGUAUAUUGAGUAUCAUGAUGGUGUGAUGAUUAUACUUGAAGGUUCUAGUGCUGACUUUAUUACAUCAAAGUCUAUGUAUGUCUUGAUUGUUGUUUUAAUUAAUAUGCCCUUCAUGAUAGGAAGGUUGAUGUCUCACAACAGAAUGACUGUUUUGAAUCAGUGUUUCCAGGAUUCUGAAUCUACCACUGUGAUGAAUUGAUUUGUAGUUACCUUAAAUAUUUAUUGAAAGGAUUGAUAUUCAUUUUUGGUUACUGUUUUCCAACUGUCAGUGAUUUUUUUUUCAGUAGUUUUCAGUUAGCCCUAAUUCUAUAGAGAAUUGGUGAUAUAUUUUUUCAAUUUCCAUGACAGUAUUAUGAAUGUAUGUCGUCAAUAUUGCUGUUUAUAUUUGGCAAUAAAUUCAUCAAUUUCUCCAUAGAUUUGUUGAUAGCAACAAAAUACUUAAGGAUUUAUUCACUAAUGUGUUUUGUAAAUAUUAUUUUUUCUGUCCAUCAAAUAUUUUUUUGGACAAUACAAGUGAAUGAGUAAGGCUUGAAGAGUUUGAUAAUUCAUUUUCAAUUGUAAUAUUUAUUUCUUUCAUUAAACUUGAAGGUAACUAGAUUUAUUUCAUUCAGCAUUUGUGCUAUAGCUAAAUAGUGAUAGUUUUGUACUUUUUGGAAAAAAAUUAUUGUUAGUGUUACAUUCAUAAUAUUAUUGAACAUUAAUGUUGAGAAUUUCUAUUGUCGUCAAUAUUCCUGUUUACAUUCGGCAAUAAAUUUUUUUAUAAUCUUGUUGUCGGCAAUGGAAUACUUUACAUUUUAUUCAAGAAUAUGUUUUGGGGCAUUUUUUUUGUCCACCAAUAUAUAAUUUUUUCGCAAUACAAGUGAACGAAUUUAGUUUGAAUAAUUGGAUAUUUCAAUAUUAAUCAUUAAAUUUGAAGGUAUCUAGGUUUUAUUCAAGUUGAUGCACAGGGUUCAAACUACUUAAAUUUAUUUAUUUGAAACAAAGAAAAGACAAUCUUCACAAUGUUAGUGAAUUAUUUAUUACCAAUACUUGAAAUUAGAUUUCACAGGUAUUUUAUAGCUGUGUAUUUAGUUGCUAUUUCAAUAAUUUAUUUAAUAUGUUAACAAAUAUGCUUUGACUGAACUGACUAAAUAGAAAAUUUUAUAAUAUAAUUCACUCAUAACUCACUUCACAAAUCCAUCUGAUGUAUAGCCACUUUCUCGAGCAGCUAAUUUUUUUCUCAGCUACUAAUUUUACAACUAGAAGUGGCUAAUUGUAAAGUUCAAAUAAAAAUGUACAUGAAUAGAGAUUAAGUAUUUCACCUGUAUUUAUAUUGCAUGAAAGAAUACAUACUAGUUUUUACAGAAA